AUGACUAAAUCAAAAUCAACAGUUAUCGUAGUAGGUGGUCCAGCAGGUACCGGAAAAACCACCCAAGGUGAAGCAUUAUCUAGUUAUUUUAAAUGUCCAUUUAUCGAAGGUGAUGCAUUGCACCCUCAAGCUAAUAUUGAUAAAAUGUCAUCAGGAAUCCCAUUAACUGAUGAUGAUAGAUGGGGUUGGUUAGAAGAAAUUAGUCAAACUUCAAGUUCAUCAGCUGCUAAUCCCGAUAAUGAAUCUCAUAUUGCGAUUGUUUCUUGUUCUAUGUUGAAGAAGAAAUAUCGUGAUUAUAUUAAAGAACAUUCUUCUAAUCCAGAUGUUGUUUUCCGAUUUGUUUUUAUUUAUACCACAUUUGAAGAAUUGAUGAACCGAGUAAGCAAUCGAAAGGGACAUUUUAUGAAGAAUGAUAUGGUUAAAUCACAAUAUGAUAUCAUGGAAAUACCACAAGGUGAUGAAUUGUUAAACAAUGGUGGUGAUUGUAUUGCAAUUGAUGCUACUGGUAAAUCGCCAGAGGUUAUUUCCAAAGAAAUCAUUGACUAUCAAGAUUUGGCUUAG